UUGAGGGAUCUGCCGCUUCGAGCUAUAACUGUAUGUGCGGCAGUUAGCAUAUGUCUUAAAAUAUCUUUCUUUAUGGACUUUAUAGAGCCUGGAAUCAUUGACAAUACAGAGACCAGAACAUUUGGUUGUAUAGUGUGUCCUGUGAUUCUCUGAUAUAUACAGUAUUAUAACAUUUUGACCAGAACGCCAACACCCCCGGGCAGUAAUACCAUAUAUGUGACAUUGUACCUCUUGCAUUUCUACAUUUUCAGUGUAGAGAAGGACAUCAAAGAUCAAACAACCGUCAUGAACAAGACACAACUGAACAUGUUCGAAUUGGCUGGACUAACUAAUGACAAAAACCUUGAUCCGUUCCUUUUUUUAUUCUUUUUGGUUGUUUAUGUGGUCACCAUACUGGGUAAUGUUGGCAUGAUGGCUAUUAUCCAAGGGUUUUCCAGUCUUCACACUCCAAUGUACUUUUUCCUGAAAUACCUCUCUUUGGUGGACCUCUUGUACUCCUCUACCAUAACUCCUAAAAUUUUGGCUGACCUUGUUUCAUUAAAGAAGUCAAUUUCAUUUAUUGGUUGUGCCUUUCAGGUUUACUUCUAUGCAGCUCUGGCAGGUGUUGAAGUCGUACUUCUGUCAAGUAUGUCAUAUGACCGAUAUGCAGCUAUCUGCCAUCCUCUCCGCUAUGCCUUAAUAAUGACCAAACCUAAAUGCACUGGACUGGUCCUCCUGUCUUUUGCUGUUGGUUUUUUACAGUCAGCAGCUCAAACCAGUUGUUUGUUCAGUCUCGACUAUUGUGGGUCUAACUUCAUAGAGCAUUUCUACUGUGAGAUACCACCAGUACUUAAGUUAUCCUGCUCCAGGACACAUGAGUGUGACAUCGUAACAUUUUUCUUUGUAAGUACUUUAGGCAUAUGUUCGUGUGUAGCAAUGCUGGUCUCAUACACUCUCAUCAUUUCGUCCAUCUUUCGGAUGAAGUCCGUGCAGGUCAGGCUCAAAGCCUUUAACACAUGCUCCGCACAUCUCAUAUGUUCCUCUAUGUAUUUCCUGACUAUCUUCUUUAUUUAUCUACGUUCUGACACCAGAGUCCUCAGUAAACAGGAUAAGGUGGCUUCUAUUUUUUAUUCAGUAAUAACACCAAUGUUGAACCCUAUCAUUUACAGCCUGAGGAACCAAGAGGUAAAAAGGCUAGUUUUACAAGCAGUAAAAAAGUGUUAAGGCCCGUACACACGGUUGGACUUUUUGCCAACAAACUUCAAAAU